CCAGUGAAUUUCUGAAUAUUCCCUGUCCUGUGUGCGCCUCAAGAUGAAUCGCAAUGGAACGCAGCAGCACGACGAGAUGCAGUAUUUGCAGCUGAUCGAGCGGAUCAUCGAGACCGGCGCCAAGCGAGACGACAGAACUGGCGUGGGAACCUUGUCACUCUUUGGGGCACAGAUGCGGUUCAGCCUGCGCGAUGACGUCUUUCCGCUGCUCACCACGAAGAGGGUGUUCUGGCGAGGCGUGGCAGAGGAGCUGAUCUGGUUCAUUCGCGGAUCGACGGAUGCCAAGGAGUUGCAGAAGAAGAACGUGACCAUUUGGAAUAGUAACAGCACGCGCGAGUUCCUGGACGGCAUGGGCUUCACGGAGCGCGAGGAGGGCGACUUGGGGCCCGUGUAUGGCUUCCAGUGGCGCCACUUUGGAGCGCAAUAUCGCACGUGCAAGGACGACUACACGGGUCAGGGAGUGGAUCAGCUGCGCGAGGUGAUCAAGCGCAUCCGGGAGAAGCCCACCGAUCGCCGAAUCAUUAUGAGCGCGUGGAAUCCCGUGGACCUGCCCGUGAUGGCGCUGCCGCCCUGCCACUGCCUCGUGCAGUUUUACGUGGCGAACGGGGAGCUCUCGUGCCAGCUGUACCAGCGCUCCGCCGACAUGGGCCUCGGCGUGCCCUUCAACAUCGCCAGCUACGCCCUCCUCACGCGAAUGAUCGCCCACGUGACGGGUCUUAAGGCUGGAGACUUCAUUCACACCCUCGGCGACGCGCACGUGUACCUCAAUCACGUCGAGCCACUGCAGGAGCAGAUUAAGCGCACCCCAAAGCCCUUCCCAACACUCCAGUUCGGGCGCAACGUCACCGACAUCGAGGACUUCACGUUCGAGGACUUCGUCCUCAGCGACUACAAUCCGCACCCCAAGAUCGCGAUGGAGAUGGCUGUGUAGAUU